AAGAAGAAGAAGAAGAAGAAGAAGAAAAAUAUUUGUCGGAGUGAAUGUAAUAUCGGUCUGGGGCGCGACACGAUGAAUAACGACUUGGCACAAUGGAGAUCUCGAAUUGCAACAGGCCGUGAAUUACACCGUUUGAACUAUUUAUUAGCUGUGACGGAGGAUGAGACUUUGUAUUUCGAGGAGUGGCGCAAGGGAUUUUUUUUUCUUUUGCGGGGAAAUUGGUCGAAACCUGUGACUAAAACUCGAGUCUCCCUUUUUUGAUAUAAUAACGAGGAUCACCCGUACUCGUUUUACACGUGUACAUUUAACGAGAUGAGGAUUUUUAACGAGAGAGGAGGCAUGGAGCAGUUCGAACAACUGCUAACGUGCGCGAUAUGCCUGGACCGGUACAGGAACCCCAAGUUAUUGCCAUGUCAGCACAGCUUCUGCAUGGAACCGUGUAUGGAUGGCCUCGUUGACUACGUGCGUCGACAGGUGAAAUGCCCGGAAUGCCGUGCGGAGCAUCGUAUACCCUACCAGGGUGUUCAAGCGUUCCCGACCAACGUUACCCUGCAACGAUUCCUGGAGCUGCACAUCGAGAUCACAGGAGAGUUGCCGGACCCGACCAGCGGCCAGACGAUGGAACGUUGCGGCGUUUGCUCCGAGAAAAGCUACUGCAGCCUCUGCGUCCACUGCGAGAAAAAAUGUUGCCCCGAGUGCAAGGACGCUCACAUGGACAUCCUGAGGCGUGAAAUAACGCGCAUCAAUUCCCAGAUUCGCAGGGGGCUGCACAGGUUGCAAGACGCGCUCACCCUGGUGGAGAAAAACACAUUGGGUCUACAAACAAACUGCGCCUCGGUCACGGAAGAGGUGGACGAGAUUUAUCGGAGGCUGAGCAAGGCUUUGAAAGACCGUACGGAACAUCUGCGUAACGAGGUCGAUCGAUACCUGAGCACCGAGCUCAGAGGCUUGAUUCAACUCAAAGAGAAUCUCGAAUUGGAAAUCGCGAAUAUUCAAAGUAACUGCGAUUUGGCGGAGGCUCACAUCAACGAGAACGUGCCCUGGGACGACUCGGAACUCCUCGAUACAAAAGAACUCUUCCUGCGUACGGUGGAAUUCAUCAGGAACUUCGAGUACGAAGCCGGGGAUUACAGUCGGCGGGUGCGUUUCGUGAUGGCACACGAUCCGAAUCAGCUGGUCCUACACGUAGCCGGUUACGGUGAAUUGAAUAUCAAGCCGGAGGCCGGAAGUGGAGGAUUGCUGGGUAGUUCGAGCAGUCUGGCACCUCCGGGGGGAUCACCGGGUCUGAUGAGAAGCAAAAGCGACCAUCGUUUGGCCUCGCAAUACAGGCAGCAAGAGGAGGAGCGGCUGUCGAGAAAUCGAUACGUCCCCGAAUACGAGUACGACGCGCCUGAAUAUGAGGUACCGAGGAACAAAUCGAGGUACAGAAGUCGAUUCAUGCGGCAUCGGGAUGGCGACGACUCCGAUGGCGAUUCGAGGUCUACCGUACGAUUCACAUCUACCCCCCAGGAAUCGUCGGGACUUCGCGAACGCGUUCUGGACACGGAGGACGCGGCACGUGGCCCGCUUUCCGGCAUUUUUCGACUCACCGACUCCCCCCGUGUGAUGAGAAAGCUUCAAGAAUACGAGAGGGCCGGGAAAAGGAAGAAGGAGGAACCACCGCCCCAUCCUGUUCAACAACCUCAACCGCCUAAGCCUCAGGUGCAAGUGAGAAAAAUGCCGACAGCAAUGGCGAGGCAAACCAGCGAGGACGACGAGAUUUCUAGAAUUAAAAAGCAGAAUAAAACGGCGGCCACGACCGAAACAGUGGAAGAACGACAACCGGUACCGACGUCUACGCCCGCACACCCACCCCCGAGGGAAGCACCCCCCGAACGAGAGCCCGAAGAACCUGCACGAAGACCGAUGCCUGCCAGGAGAACAUCGACGGAUACCCACGCCCCCGCAACGAGAAGCGCUUCAUCAGACUCGAGCACGGGGUCGGAGAGCUCGGCUGGGUCCGGAAUCCGCAGCACGGGUGCGCCGUUCACCGCCGAGGAAAUGAAGCAGAAAUACUUGUCGAGGGCACCGGCGUCGAGCGCAGCAUCCACCGUCUCGUCGCCGCAUAGCGGCACACCCCCGACUCCCAAAGACACCGCCAGCCCCACCUCGCGCUCCUUUCAGAGUCGUUUUUUAGCUACAGGUAAUCGUGCAGCGCCCCCACCACCUACCCAACCCCCUUCGGUACGAGAGGAGAGCGGCAUAAAGACGAAGAAGGAAGAAGAGGAGGACGAGGACGAGGAAACUAGCAGCUCCUCGGAGGAGACGGAAUCCGAGACCGAGGAGGAAUCGGAAACCGAUGCUCAUCCCUCGGGCACCGGUACCUCGACGACACCAUCCUCGACCGCGGCGCAGGACCACCGUCAAAGGAACGAUUCCGCGAUGGCGAGGACGGACAUCGGACCCCUUCUGGCUCGAAGCGCGGAGGCCAGACGAGGCAGCAAGGAGGACUCGCCAACGACCAGGUAUUCGUCGCCGAGAGGGAGUCCCGCGCAUUCGGUGACGGGGCCGGUGACAGCGACGACGACGACGAUGACGACAGCAACGAGCGGCGCCGCGAGCUUGACAACGCCGGCCGGCUACACCAGCAGGACGUUUCUUAGUGACGAACACGAUGAACCGUCAACCGACCGUGUCGAGGAUUACGAAUACGCGGCUAAGAGCGCGGAUUACGAUAUUCACGGUGCGGACGGAUCGAUGGUUAAACCGCAGUCGAACAAACGAAACCACACGGACGAUAGUACGGACACCGACGAAACAAUCACCUCAUCCUCCUCCUCCUCCGCGACCACUGUUCGAUUCGAGAGUCUCGAAGGUAGCGGUUACGACAGUCGUGUAGAGAACCGCACCGGGGUCGAGCAACACCCGUUAAUGGAAGGUCGUUCGGGGAACGACGUGAACUCUUCGUUAACCGUCGAUCGUUGGAUCGGCGAUCCUGGCCGAUGGGCAUCGUUCGCCCGACCACCCGCCAACCGAGACGACGGCCAUCAUCGGCCGGACGAGAUUACGAAUUCGGCCGCCCCUUCCAUCCACGACGUGACGACUGAUUCGGGAGGGGGGAGCGAGAGCACGGAGGGCAGCGUCGAGAGCGACGAGGAAGGAGAGGGCGACGAAUCCAGGGACGAGAACAGCAACGUAAGGGAUAAAAAGAAUCUCGAUCGAGAGGAUCACGAUUCCAGCGGGGACGAGUCGACCGACCACCACCGGAGUACCGAUCGAACACCGUCCAAUUCUCAUUUCGACAACAGUUACGGAGGAUACGACGAUGUCGGGGUGAAGCGGCCAAGUUCCUCCAUACCGGGGGAGAAAAGUAUCGAGGAGUUGUUCGACGACAACGGAUGGGUGAUUACGGAUCAGGAUCUCCAGCCGGGGAGCCCGCAAACGGUCUCGAAAAGUUUUCAACGGCCUAUCUCGAACGAGGAGAAACGCGACGCCUCUGGAAAUUAUCUCUCGACCGAGGAGAAGGUUGGAGGUAGCGAGGAUCGAACGAUCUCGAACGAGGUCGAAACGAGUGGAAACGCGGAAUCCGUUGUCUCGGAAUCCUCGCGGACUUUGUCGAGGAGUCGAGGAUACGUCGGGGAAAGCAGCAUCGGGAAGAACGGUUGGAUGAUGUCCGAUGAAUCCGAGAGCGAGUCGGAGAGGACCGUUUCGCCGAUGGAUUCGAGGAACUCAACGGGGAAUCGAGAUGGUGGUUGGGAGAGGAGCAACGGCGCGCGGAGAAACGAAACGGCGAGUGUCGACGAGGGCGAUGAGAGAUCGAAUCGCGACGGUCCAUCAUCGAUGGCGGAGGAGAGCGGUGGGAAAGAUGGGAUCGGGGCGGAGAACUCGUGGACCGGCGACGAGAACGGGUUCCUGAACAAGAGCAGAAGCCAGGCGGCGAUGAUGGCCAGCAGGGAGCGGGAGCGGGAGCGGGAGCGGGAACGGGAGCGGGAGCGGGAGCGCGAAAGAGAACGAGAACGCGAACGAGAACGAGAACGCGAAAGAGAAAGGGAGCGGGAGAGAGAACGGGAUCGAGACGUGGACGCGGAGGUCGAUUCGCCCCUGUCGACGAGGUCACGGUACGCCGCGUUGAAGGAAAGAAGGCAACGGCUGGCUCGGUCCAGAAGCUCGCACAAUUUCGGCGGAGAUGACCUCGACCUGGACGAGGAGCCACCCUCUCCGACCACCCAGUCGCCGAACGCUUACUUGGCAGCCAAGUACGGUGCCGGGUCCGAACUGGCCAGGAGUCGGAGCACUCACGCUUUAAAAUCGAGGGAGCCGAGCCCGGAGCGAGACAGAGUGGGCACCGAGAAGGAUGGCGCUGCAUUAAGUUCGUGGGCACGGUACUUGAAGAACAAGUACGGGAAUCGCACGACCAAAGAUAAAGAGCCUUCGUCCUCUGCCUCGACGAUUCCAUCAUCGAGUGGAAGCACCUCGAGGAGGUUGUCGCUCGGUUUACCUUUGAGGCACGGUGGUCAAACGUCCUUCGAAUCUUCUGACGACGAUCAAAAAAACCCGUCAGGCUCCCCCACGUCCCCUACGGCAGCUCCCGUUAUACCCGCGGCAGCAGGUUCCUCCACUAGCAAUGGGCGGAGGAGUCACUACUUGCUGAAGCGGCGGCAGCUGUUCAAGUUCGGGAUGCGGGGGAGCGAACCCGGAUGCUUUACUUGGCCCAGAGGCCUCGCGGUUGGCCCUGACAACUCCAUCGUAGUGGCCGACAGCUCUAACCAUCGUGUUCAAGUGUUCGACUGUAAUGGGAACUUCGUGAAGGAGUUCGGAUCGUACGGCAGCGGCGAGGGUGAAUUCGAUUGCCUCGCUGGGGUAGCGGUGAACAGGAUCGGUCAAUACAUCAUCGCGGAUCGUUACAACCACAGAAUUCAGGUUCUCGAUCCUUCCGGUCGUUUUCUGAGAGCGUUUGGCUCCCAAGGUACCGCCGACGGUCGGUUUAAUUAUCCUUGGGGAAUCACCACCGAUGCUCUUGGAUUUAUUUAUGUGUGCGAUAAAGAGAACCAUCGCGUACAGGUAUUUCAAUCGGACGGUACGUUCGUGGGCAAAUUCGGUUCCUGCGGAAGCGGACGUGGCCAAUUGGAACAUCCUCAUUACAUCGCGGUGAGCAACACGAAUCGCGUGAUCGUGAGCGACGGGAACAACCAUCGUAUCCAGAUAUUCGACGUGAACGGUCGUGUGCUGACCUCGUUCGGAUCGGAGGGCUCCGACGAGGGUCAGUUCAAGUUUCCAAGGGGUGUCGCUGUCGACGACCAGGGUUACAUCGUCGUCGCCGACUCGGGCAACAACAGGAUACAAAUAUUCAGCCCGGAGGGGGCGUUCCUCAAGUCCUUUGGCGGAUGGGGUAGCGGUGACGGUGAAUUCAAGGGUCUGGAGGGUGUUGCCGUCACAUCGACCGGUAACAUCGUCGUCUGCGAUCGCGAGAAUCAUCGCGUUCAAGUGUUCUGACUUCGUUUUCUCGUUUUCGUUUUCGUUUUCGCGUCUUCUCUUGCGAUUCACGCCAUUGUCGAGCGACAAUCGCGAUCGAUCAAGGAUCAAGGAUUUCGUUUCGAAGAUCGAUCAUGGUCGAGGGAUCAGGCAAGUAUUUUCCCCGAAAAUACUUUUGGGUGGAAAGGCGCGCUUCGACGAUGAACGGAUGAGACGUCACGUUAACCGCUUGCUUGCGUUAGGAAUUUAAUAAACGUAGCCUGUUUUUUCGCUAAGCUAAUCUUCUUACGGGGAAGCCGUUCGAUACCAUCAUAUAAUAACGAAUUAACUUCGAUUUCUUUUCUCUCCCAGGGAAUAUAUAUAUUUGAAUCGAUUGGCAACAAUUCUCCAAUUUUAUUCCGAUGUAUGAUAAUAAUUUACCUCGUUAAUAUGUCGGGACGGAAAAUCAAUACUGGAACCGAGUAAAAACUCUCUCGGGCGUCGGUCGGAUUUUAGCUUAAAGAGAAAAAAAACGGGAUAAAAAAAAAAAAAAAAAAGAAAAAGGAAUAUCAUUUACUUCUCUCUCGUCUUACACCCUUCCUCUCAUUCUAUCAUCUUCCUCGUACGCACAUCAUAUCCGCGUAAUUUAAUUUAAUUUAUAUUCAAACAUGACACACACAUACAGUUUGUACCGUUUGUAUGCUUUAAACAAAUUGUUGCGGAAGUAAUAAAAGAGAAAUGAAGAAAAAAA